CAAACCGUUGUUUGCCUAUUCUCUUCUCUCUUGUUCUCUUCCCAUUCACCUUGACUAAAGUAGCUACACCAUGGACCUUUCCGAUGAGCAGACGCCACUCAUAUCCAGUCACCGCAACAGCAUCAGCAGUAACCGCCUCGGACGAGGUAGAGGGGGGUUCUAUUCCAACGAGCGUAACAAUUUCAACACCACAGCUACAGUCACACCCCCUCAGAGUGACCCAUUGCCGCGACCACGGCCACAGAGACUACUCCAAGCACAGUUCAUUCAAAACUUGGAUAGGAAUUAUCAACACGAACGUUCGCACAUCAUUACCCGUCGACACUGGCUCGUCCUGCUUCUGGCUUGUCUCUUGCUCUAUGGGAACUACUAUUGCUACCAUAUACCUGCCGCACUGAAUGUGCAACUGAAGGAAUGGCUCGGCACCGACUAUGCUACGCAUCAAUACCAUCUCAACCUCCUCUAUUCCGCCUACUCUCUCCCAAAUAUUGUCCUUCCUCUACUGGGAGGAUUCUUGAUUGAUCGCCUGUCGGCCGCAAGGAUGUUGCUUCUCUUUAGUCUUUGCGUUUGUGCUGGACAGGGUAUCUUUGCUAUUGGAGUCUCUGAAAAGUCCAUCUGGACCAUGGUGCUGGGCCGUUUGAUUUUUGGAAUUGGAGGCGAGUGUCUCGAGGUGGCGCAAGCAAAGAUCACGACCGACUGGUUCAAAGCCCGAUGGCUGGGCUUUGCUUUAGGCUUGAGCCUGUCGUCAGCGAGGGUAGCGACCGCCAUGAACGACAAUAUCUCACCGGCUAUCGCGACUCAUGGAGGAGGUGUCGUUGGAGCCAGCUGGGUAGGAUUCGGAGUCUGUGGGCUGAGUCUUGUCUGUGGACUCUGGUUGACAUAUCUGGACCGGACGGAUUCGAGGCGAUCCGCAGGAGUGCGAUCGAACGCAAGGGAUCGGAAGACAGACCGGAUUCGCUCAAGAAGAGACAAUAUCGUGGGUAGACAGGCGAUCAAUGUCUCGUCCGACUCGACCAUGACCAUGUCCUCUGUUGCCCUUGAAGAAGAAGAUGAGAUUGAGAAAGAGAACGAGAUGGCCGAGGACGACCAGGUGCUGUACUCGGAGACCUUCACCCUCCAAACCAACUUUUGGAUCCUCUGCCUUUGUUGUAUUUCGCUCUACGGGGCUGUCAUUCCAUUCAUUCACGUUUCGUCCGACUUUCUGCAAAAGAAAUGGUACCCAGAUGACCCCAGGAAGGCCGGUGCCGUCAUGUCAAUACCAUAUAUCGUCUCAUCAGUUGGAUCGCCGCUCUGCGGCUACAUCGUCGACCGCUUUGGGAACCGAGCGCGCUACAUCCCCCUCUCGGCAGUGCUGUUGAUCUGGGCCCAUAUGCAGCUGGGCUUCACCUUAUUCACUCCAGUGUGCGGCAUGCUUGUUCUCGGGCUUGCCUACUCUUUGUUUGCCUCCGUACUCUGGCCAUGCAUUCCCUUCCUGGUCAAGGAUCACCAACUCGGCACGGCUUACGGCCUGGUAACUAUCGCGCUCAACUUCUCGCUAACACUCUUUCCCAUGGCCGUGGCUUCUAUCCUUCACGCUACCAAGGGCUCUUAUCGCCAUGUCGAGGGAUUGUUAAUUGUUCUAGCCUUCAUUGGACUUUUGCUGUCGAUCCUAUUGAACGUACUCAACCAUCAUAAAGGAGGAUACCUGCAGUUGACUGGAGAGCCGGUGCCAUCAGGGCCCCAGUACCUGGACGAGGAUUAUGAGGAGCGUCUGAGACGAGAACACCGUGAACAACUACAACGCCUUGACCAUUAUGACCCGCGCGAGCCUGGCUUUGAGUAUCGUCGGCAGAUGAGAUACUCGCAGGAGCUGCUGCAGGAGGAGGAUCCAGAUAUUGAGGACAUUCAGGAUAUGGUGACGACCAAACCCGUUGGAGAAGGCAUCAUUACAUUGAUUCCACAUCGACGGAGGGAUUCUAUAGCCAGCUUUACGGGAUAUUUGGGGAGGGCAAGACUGAGGCACUAUACAAACCAUGCGCAGACCGCGUUUCCCUAAUAAAUUGUCGCGUUGCAUGAACUUGCGCUAUUG